AUGCCGUUCAUUAUAAGGGGAAGACCCCUGAGGGGGGCACAGUAUGCCAGCAACAGAAGGACCAUCCCCACCUCUGACAGCCAAGCGCUCUGGUCAGAAAGCCAGUCUCAUCUGCACCAGCUCCACUCAGCAGAACCCCUGCAGGCCCCGGCCAGCACCGGAAAGCCCGUCGGCUCCGCUUACGGCCUCCUCGGGGCCAACAGCGGCGUUCCGGGCCCGGAUGGCGCUGCCCCCGGCACCAGCCCGGUCCUCUCCUGGCACGCCGCCAUCUCUGCUGCACGCCAAGCGCAGGACGAUGUUGAAAAGCCCGACAUGAGCUCGCGGCCCUCCGUGUGCACCGCCGGGCCAGCGCCGGCCGGGUCCCUGGCACUGAGGAAGAGGCAGCAAUACGCAAAAAGCAAGAAGCAAGGAGGAUCUACCAACAGCAGGCCGCCCAGAGCUCUGUUCUGCCUCACCCUCAACAACCCCAUCCGCAGGGCCUGCAUCAGCCUGGUGGAGUGGAAGUAUCUUUAA